CAAAGCAUUUAAGCGCUUCAUCAAGGAGCGGCAGGAUAACCCUCCUCUUCCUCCUGGCCCAGUACCGCUCCCACUAUUAGGGAACAUCUUAUCUAUCGACGCUAAGGAGCCUUGGCUGACUUAUACAGAAUGGAGCGCUGUGUAUGGAGAUUUGGUUUUUGUGCGAAGUCUAGACGGGGAAAUGGUUGUGGUCAAUUCUCAGCACAUCGCAGAAGCCUUAUUGGACAAGCGUUCUCGUAUUUACUCCGAUCGACCAUACGUAGCCACAGUCAAGCCAUAUGGCUUGUCGGUCAAUUUUUCAUUCAUAGGUUACGGCGAUGAAUGGCGCCUCUGCCGACGACUCUUCCAUCAAACUUUCCGUCCUGGAUCUGCAGUAAAAUUCCGCCCAAUGCAGAUCAGGCGGGCUCUUGAGAUUGUCGUCAACCUAAUCGAUGACCCUCAACAUUAUCAUGAUCACCUCGCAACGUCAACAAAUUAUUUUUUACAAAUUAAACAAUCAUUGACUCGUUCACAGAUUCUCGUUAUCUGUUGUGAUGUCAACUAUAUAUGGCUACGAUAUCAGUGCUCGUGAUGACCCUAUGGUGCAGAUUGUGAUGAGGGCACUGAUUCCGGGCUUGAUUUCCUCAGAGAGAGCAUUAAUGCUCAAGACAUUCCCCUUCUGUAAGCUCAACUUUCUUAGA